GAAACACCCCCAGCUGCUCACCCACCCUUCCCCCUCAACCUUUCUUAGUUUCCUGGAAUGGCCGAAGUAGAGAUAAAACGAGGAAGACUGGUUGAAAAUGCCCCUCAAGCGAAGUUCAAGGUGGUGGUGCGGUUGAUCCCGCCGGUAAUGAAAGCAGCCGAGUUCUUUGAGCUGGUGAAGGACCACGUCAAUGAGAGUUCGGUGGCAGAACAAUAUUAUUUCCAGGGUCACCAUUCGUCCAAGCCCUACAAGCUUCCGACCUUUUCACGCGCCUACGUCAAUUUCAAAACCCAUGCGGCCAUGGCUCAGUUCGUCAGUAUCUACCAGCACCUUCAGUUGAAGGACGAUUCAACCGGAGAGGUGUUCAAAGUACUCAUCCAGAUGUCGCUCUAUCCACGAAUGCCUGGCUAUGCUGGAGACACCGAACCGGCUCCGACCGUGCUGCUUGCGGAUGACGUAACCUUCCAGAACUUUGCGAAGUUUAAGAGCGGCGAGUUGAAGGAAAUGCCGUCCAUUUCGCCAGUGGCGAAUGUCAAUUCCCGAAAAUUACGCUUAAAGGAAAAGCGUAGACAAAAAGUCAAAGAAAAACGCGAACAGGUCAGGAAAACAGCCAAGCCUGAAGAUAAGGAUGCCGAGAAGAAGAAGAGAUCGAAGAGAUCGAGAAAGAAGAAGGGCAAAGAAGAGAGUACACCUGGUCAAGCACCGAAACUAAACGAGGUCAAGGCUAAAAAGCCAAAGCCAAAGAAGAUGACCCCAGAGGGCGAAAAGAAGGAAAAGCUGGCGACCACUAAAGCCGGUAACCCUAAGCCGAAAAAAUCUAAAGAUGCGGAUGCCACGGUCUCCAGGACUAAACCAAAGCCAGCAAAGACACUGGAAGGGAAGCAGUCGCAGAAGCAACAACCGGCAAAAACCAGCACCUAAAUAUGUGGACCUUGCGAAGUCAUUCUAGUGUUGCUCUUAUCGAAGCCAAAAUUUCAGCCUGCUGAUCCCUGCGUUCCGACUAUUGUGUAUUACAUUCUGAUUCAGUUAUGAUCAGCUGGAACGUCAUUUUGAGACUCAUUCCGACAUCUCUAUCUCCUAGUAGACGUUUGACGCUGAAGAACACGCACGCAAAAUUUUCUAAUGAAAAUCCACGGCACGGUCAAACAAUUGUUGAAUGAUACUGUUACUAUUUGGGUUGGUGGUAUUUCUAAGAGUUGGAUUGAUACUCUGCUUGACUACUGAGAUCUUUGAAGGCUAUAACCACUUAUCAAUGUAAUCACUUAUCAAUGUAAUCACUCGAAGAACUCGACAGAAAAAAAAAAUAUAAAUGUACUAAUU